AUGGCUCUUCUUAGUGUUCCGAUAUUGGCGGGAGCCCUUCUUGCGGCUGUCAUUGUUCACAACUUGCUUCGAGUAUUCACUUCGCCUCUAUCAAAGAUCCCAAAUGCGGGCUUUGGUGCAGCUUACUCCAGGCUUGCUUGGGCCUUUCCGCGGGAGUACAAGGGAACGGUGACAAUUGACCUACCCAAACUUCACGAAAAGCUGGACCCGGAACAGCAUGCAAAGCGAAGAAGGAUCAUGGGCCAGCUGUUCAGUCGAACAAAGGUGCCGCAGCUGGAGAAGCUCAUCUCGUCUCACGUCGACCGCUUCGUUCAGUUGAUCCGAGAAAAUGGCCCUAAUGUUGACUUGGCGGUGGCAUCCAGAGCACUUGAGGCGGACAUCAUGUCUACCUUCUCCUUUGGCAAGUCAAUUGAGGCCGUGGAUUCUUGGGCAAGUGGAAAAGAACUGGAAAUGGUCGCAAAAAACGACCUGAAGGCCACCUGGAUGCCUGUUCUUACCAACUUUCCCCUUCUGUGCGAACUGUUGGAGCAACUUGAGGGUGCGAUAUUCCGUGUUACUGGUGUCAGGAGUGCGUACACGAAAGGACUCACGGAAUUCCAGCAGUGGUGCCGGGAUUCAUGGAAGUUGGCUAUUUCAGAAGACUCUGAACUUGACGAACCUGCCACCAAGUCUCCCAAUUUGAUCAAGUCCCUCUGCAACUCUGGCCUACACGCUGAAACCGCGCUCUCCGAAGCCAAAGAGAACCUGGGACCAGGGACAGAUACGACGUCUGCAACACUUGCUCACAUUUUGUGGGCUCUUGCUCAAAAUCCAGACUACCAGAAUGCUUUAUACGAGGACUUGGCGGCUGUCUCCUUUUAUACUGAUAUGACGACUUUGGAAAGUGUGCCUCGUCUUCAGGCCUGCGUGAAAGAGGGUAUCCGGUGGGCUGGUGCUGCUGCGGCAAUGCUUCCGAGAAUCGUGCCGCCUGGAGGCAUCGAACUGCAUGGGAAGUUUAUCCCUGAAGGGGUCCGUGAACAAACGGUCCUCACUUCAUCUCCUAUCUGGUAUCAACACGACAAGACGGCGUUUCCGAAUCCAAAGGUGUAUAACCCCUAUAGAUGGUUGACAGAUGAUUGCAAAGGGAUGAGCGAGGACAAACUUCGUGAUCGGUUCUAUAUCCCGUUCUCGAGAGGUGCCAAUAUUUGCAUGGGAGCACAUUUCGCAUACCUCGAGUUGUACAUCUCUGUAUCUCAAGUCAUCCGCAACUUUCAUCUUGAGAUUUGCAACAUCACUCAGCGUUCGACACUGGAGAAGAAUGAAGAAACCAAUUGGACCCCAGUGCCUUUACCGAAGCGGCGGGAAUGGGUUGCUGCUGUUCCAAUGGAGAAGCUCGAGGUAAAGAUGUGUCCAAGGCUGUGA